AUGGAGCCCACCGAGAGGAGAACGAGUCUUCCUGAUACGUACAUACCCAAGUACUCUGUAGAAUAUCUUUCAAGGAGUCUAGAGCGCCUCACUACUGAGUCAUUGUACCAACUUUGCCUCCGCUGGACCAAAUCACAACACACACAACCACAACUCCCCAAAGAUACAAUCUACACGCAUCAGGGAUUCUGUAACAAGCUCACCAAAGAUAUUAAAGCUCUUCAAAAGAAUCCUCAAACUGAGAAGUCAGACAUCAUUAGGAAAAUAAUUUACGAGUAUUGGUCCAGUGGGUUAAAUUUAUUACAACAUGCACAGUUGGAUAGUCAAUUGAUUCUAGACGACUUUGGUGACUUUGGUUGGACUUACUCAAUUAUUAAAGAUGGAGAUGGUAAGGAGGUGUGCUCUCAGAUAGAUAUACCUUCGUUCACCAAGAACAUAGUUUCAAGAGUGAAUGAACUUUAUCUUACACAUGUGUAUGUCUUCAAACAUCCACAAUUGCCCGCACAUGUUGUUAGAAUCCAAGUAUUUGAUCUAAAUCUGCGACAAGGUCUUUUGGAUUCAAGCCAGCCUCAAGUUUCACCGCAUGCACCCUUUCUAAUCUGCACACCUUCGGAGUCGCCUUAUAUUUUCCAUUCCGAGAUCAGCGACGACGUAUUUCACAAGUUGAUAUUGAAAACAAUCGAAUUGUGCUUGCCAGAAAAUGACAAGAUCCCAGUCAAGCUUGUCACAUCUGAGCAGAAGCCAAUCCAAUCGUUAGCAUCAAUCCACGCUUUGAAAGGUAAUUCAAGAUUGGGCAAAAGUCUCGGUGUUUGGUCACAAUAUGCUCAUGGACAUGUCGAUACGGGACCGUUGGGUGAUUUGGAUCAACAUUCAACUCUACAAGAACACUUUAACGGUGGAAGUGGUUCACCGGAAACUAAACUUGACGAAAUUGCUAGCCUACGAUAUCAAGGAUUCAUCACUGACGGUCACACUAGCAAUCGCUCAUCACGGAAACGAGAUUUUUCAGUAGUUGAAUCAGAGAUGGUGCCAACUAGAUCUCAAUUUGCAUCACACACCCCGCUCCAACACACUGAAUUCCUCAUUCAAGAACCCAUAAACAGUAACGUACCUCUGAGGUCCAACAUCAAGCUCAAACUUUUUGGAUCAGAUAGGAUGGGGCUACAUAUGGACAUAUUAUAG